GGGGGUGAGCCCAAAGCGUUAGUAAUUAAAAAAAAAAAAAAAAAAAUCCUCUUCGUGCGCCGCCGCCUCCAGCUCGCGUUUGAGGGCGGAGAGAAAGAAACGAAAAGAAAGAAGGGCGUUCUGAACCCGUCUCUCCUCCAAGGCCCUGCGACGCUCCGCCAUGUCUCAGGUGGAUAACCGGAAUUAUUCUGCGGGCAAGCGUGCUCGAACCGAUGGUGGCCGGCGAGAAGAUGACUGGACAUGUCCUAGCUGUGGCAAUGUCAAUUUCUCAUUCAGAACAACAUGCAACAUGCGGAACUGUACGCAGUCAAGGCCUGCAGAUCAUAACACGAAGUCCGCGCCAAAGCCUUUACAGGCUCCUCCGCCUUAUGCAUCAUCAGCUGGCUAUCUGGGUUCAGCUACUCCAUCUUCAAUGUACCUUGGUGCUCCUCCAUAUGGGUCUUCUCUUUUUAAUGGGCCACAGUUGCCUUCUUAUGAUCUACCUUUCUCUGGAGGUUCUGCUUAUCAUUAUGAGUACAGCAACCGCCUUUCUGUUGGCAGCCCUUAUGGGCCAUUGCAUAUGUCUGGACCCCCUCCUUAUUCCAGUGGAUCCAUGAUGGGAACAGGUGGUGUGUAUGGUAUGCCUCCUCUGAUGGACAGAUAUGGCUUGGGUUUGCCACCCAUGGGUCAUGGUAUGAUGUGGUGUGCAGCUUUCUGGAGACCCGUGUCCUCAACUCCUUGUCUAUUAUAUGGACCAAGGCCUGGAACAUACCCUGAUGAGAGCUCUCAAAAGAAGGCUGCAGGCACAGGACGGGAUAGUGACUGGACGUGCCCUAACUGUGGCAACAAUAACUUCUCUUUCCGAACCGUCUGUAACAUGAGGAAGUGCAAUACUCCAAGGCCUGGGACCCAGGGUUCAAAGUCUGAGACUUCCAAAGGCUCCAAACCAAAAAUGCCAGAGGGCAGUUGGAAGUGUGAAAAGUGUAAUAACAUAAACUAUCCAUUCCGGACCAAGUGUAACAGACAGAAUUGUGGUGCGGAAAAACCCCCUCAGGCAAACAAAACUCAUGGGCUGACAUCAGAUGAGGAUGAUCAGUGAGUCCUAGAACAGUAUUGAGGGUCAAGAAGGUUCAGAGUCAUCGUCAGCAUUGCAGCCAUAUGAUUGUCUGAAUGGUCAGUCAUGUGUCGUAUGGUUGCGGCAGUUGUUAUGAGUUUCUCCACCCUCUUGAGAUCUAAGUUGAGUCAUUGUACUAGUGACAACAUGUCUUAGCCAAUUUGCGACUGGUAUCUUGUCAUGUUGCCCUCUCAGAUUUUUUAAAGAAUGUCAUGUGUGGACGUUCUGGAUUCUGGUGGUAUGUGCAGGUUGGUUCACUUCUGUUGCCACUUCAGAAGGCCUUUGUGUUUUGAUUUGAAUGUUUGUCUGUUCUUGUGGACUAUUUCCUACAUCUUCUAUUAUCUUUAUAUACUUGACUGUGCUUUAAUGAUAG